AUGACAGGAGGCACGGAUCUAGUCCUGGUCACAGGAGGCAGCGGAUUCCUCAGCGGAUACAUUAUAUUAUACCUCCUCCAGAAAGGCUACUCCGUCCGAACCACAGUGCGAACAGACUCACGCAUCGAAGAUGCCAAAGCAAAACUAAAACACGGCGGCGCGACCGAAGAACAGAUCGCGAACCAACUCGAUUUCGUAGUCCUCGACCUACUCACCUCAAGCGACGAAGAAUGGGCCAAGGCUUGCGCAGGCGUCAAAUCCGUCCUGCAUCCAGCCGGCAUGAUCGCAACGGGCAAAGAGAAGACAUUGGAAGAACUGAUCACACCUCUGAAAGAAGGUACACUCCGCCUUCUCCGAGCUUCCGUAGCAUCAUCGAGUGUGCAGAAAUUCAUCUUCACGAGCUCCGUAGCUGCACUCGCACACGGCCACGGAAUGGAACGCGAUAAAUCACAACCUUUCACCGAAGUCGACUGGACAGAUCUCACGGAUUCGAAAGAGAAAUUACACAUCUAUCCGCGAGCAAAGACGUUGCAAGAGCAAGCGGUGUGGGAAUUUGUGCAAGCGCACAAUGAAACUGCGGAGAGGAAAAUGGAGUUGGCGGUGGUGUGCCCGGCUGCGAUUUAUGGACCUACCCUCAGUAAGGAAUUCGCGUCGAGUCUCAAACUCGUACCGAUUCUCCUGGGUGGUAUGCCUGGUGUUCCUCAGUAUGGGACUAGUAUGGUCGAUGUACGGGAUUGUGCGGAUCUCCAUAUCAAAGCUCUGGAGAGUUCUCGGGCGAAUGGGCAACGCUAUUUGGCUAUUUCCGGUCGAGAAGAGGAAGUGGCUUCGGAAAGUUGUAUUUUACGGAAUGGACUGCCCGCGGACAAGACGAAGAAGGUCCCGACACGAAAGCUGCCGAAUUUUGUUAUGAGGGCUGCGGGAUACUUUGAUCCGGUUGUUGGGGUUUGUCUGCCUGAUCUUGGGAAGGAGCUUGCUGGAUCUUUUGAGAAGGCCAGGAGGGAAUUGGGGUGGCAGCCGAGCAAGACGGUUGAGCAGAGUUUGCUUGAUAGUGCGAGGAGUUUGAUCGAAUUUGGGGUUGUAUAA